AUGAAUUUACAAACAUCAAAAUUUUUGAUAAAACUGUCUAAAGACUAUGUAAACCUGUUUGAAACCGGGGAAUUUCAUGAUACCCUAAUCUGCGCGGGCCUAGAACCCAAUUAUCAAGAGUUUAAAGCACAUUCGCUUAUUUUAAGAAGUCGAUCACAAUAUUUUAAAAACGUUUUAUCAAGUGAAUGCGUGAAAACUAAAGGGAAUUUAGUGAUUUUUAGUAAAUCCAAUAUUUCUCCCGAGAUAUUUAAAAUUAUUCUCAAUUAUUUAUACGGUGGAAUAAUUGUCCCAGCAGAGCACGAAGUACCAGUUAUUCUUGAACUUCUUAGGGCCACCGAUGAAUUAAGCAUCGAUGAUUUAUCAGAAUUCAUUCAAGAUUACCUUUCCAGCAAUCCAUGGAUAUUGAUGCCGUUUUUCGCAAUUGUUCAUCGGUUUGCAUCCAAAGAAAGCAAGUAUUCCAAAAUACGGAAAUGCGUUCUAGAAUUACUCAAAGAAAAUCCUGCAACAAUAUUUGAUUCGAUUGAUUAUACAUCGCUGGAUCAAGAGGCCUUGUUGGUUCUUUUUAAGAGUCAUAAUUUCCUAUUAAAACCUGUAGUCUUGUGGAAAAAUCUUAUUGAAUGGGGGAUCGCAAAGAUACAUCGAGCUUCCGAUGAUUUAUCGGUCUGGAAAUUAGAAGACUUUCAUUCUUUGGGGAUUGUAUUGAAUCCGUUCAUUCCAUUUAUUAAGUUCAUGGACAUGAGUUUAGAAGAUUUUUCAAAGGAAGUGACUCCUUGGAGACAAUCCUUGGAAUAUGAAAGUCAAGGAUUGUAUUCAAUCAUAGAACAAUAUCUUCUUAAUCCAUCGAAGAUUCAGGAAAACAAAUUAUUGCAAAAUCCAUACGAUUAUGUAAAUUCAAUUCUCAUGACACCCAAUGACGCAAAGAUAAUAGCAGAAUGGAUUAACAACGCAAAGGCACAAAACGACACGAGGACACAAACACCAAUUAACACAUACAAGUUUAAUUUAAUUUUCAGAGGAAGCGAACAUGGUUUUACGCCAGAAUUAUUUCACAAACAUUGCGAUGAGAAAGGACCCACGUUAACCCUUUUGCGAGUCGAAAGUACCGGGGAAAUUCUCGGUGGAUUCAACCCUCUUAGUUGGCACUCUAAUGUAAUAUGUAAUUAUAGUCCAACAACUCAAAGUUUUAUUUUUACACUUGGAGACAAAGCGUUUUAUUACAAUCCUGUGGUGAGCGAGAUCGAGGAUUACUCUAAGGCAAUUUACCAGAGCGAGUUUUACGGUCCUUGCUUCGGUGGCGGCGAGUCAGAUUUAAGGUUGUUUGGUGAUAAUUUCAAGGACGAAGAUAAAUGCAGGUGCAUCAAAAAUAGUUACAAGAAGAAGAUUAGGGAGAGUGAAGAGAUGUUCCAUGUUGACGAACUAGAAGUGUUUCAGGUCUUAUUGAUGAGCUAG